AUGUACUCGUACUCCAACGGCUCACCGUACACGCCGCGUUUAGGUGUACACUCAAAUUCGGCGUACACGCAUACGAGUAGUUGCCCAUUGUCACCUCGUACACCGCACCCUAUGCACGGCUCCCCUCACCAGCCUACAGUUCAGGCCCCACCACCCUGGGAGACCAGGCCACUAGGUGAGAUUAGCGACGAGGAAUUCGACAUCCCUCCUCUUUUUGACGAUCUCUCCUACGAGGCCGAUGAUGUACUUGAUCUUAACGUAGAAGACACUGAUGGGGAACCAACCGUUGGGAAGCUUUACGCAACCAAACAAGACUGUCAAAUUGGUUUAGCUAUCUAUGCUAUCAAAAAACACUUCCACUUCAGGCAGACCCGGACGACCAGGAACUCUUUUGUCCUCAGUUGCCACAACACGCGCCGAGACUGGUGCAUACUAGCUAAACAACUGACUACAUGUGGCUAUUACACUAUCAAAAAGGCUCAGCUUGAACACACAUGCCCUCUCGACCAGCGGGACCAAUACAAGACGAAGGCUACGUCAAAGGUCAUUGCUCAUAUCUACCGUUCUUGCUACGGAGAACCAAACGAAGGUCCAAAAGCGGCCCAGAUCCAACAGCUCGUCUUGGAGGAUCUGGGUGUCUCUGCCUCAUACAUGAAAUGCCACAGGCCUGAAGAACAGGCUGUCGACAACGCAGUGGGAAACACAGAAGAUUCAUAUCUCAACCUAGCCGAUUACUUUGAAAGGCUUAAAAACACCAACCCCGGUACUGUCACAGCCAUUGAAACAGAACUUGAUGAUUUUGGCCAGUCCAGAUUCCUCUACGCUUUCCUAUCAUUCGGAGCCUCAAUCCAGGGAUUCCGUCGUGUGCGACCAGUCCUCAUCGUCGAUGGCACCCACCUAUCUGGGAAAUACAAAGGCGUUCUACUAACCGCAAGCGGCCAGGAUGCUAACUUCCAAGUGUUCCCCCUAGCUUUCGCGGUUGUUGAUGGAGAGAAUAACAAUGCCUGGCUCUGGUUUCUAACAAAGGUCGAGAGGAUAAUUGCAGACUCCACCUCUCUUAGUAUCAUCUCAGAUCGUCAUAGCUCACUCCUCAAAGCCAGGGCUAUUGUUUUCCCCAAAGCGCAUCAUGGGGCGUGCAUCGUCCAUAUCAUGAGAAAUGUUGUCUCCCGGUACAAAAGCAAAGGACUCGCCAAACUCGUCUGUGCAGCUGCCUUUUCGUUCAAACGCAAAGACUUUAAUGAUAACUUUGGGAAAAUCCGUCAAACCAACGCUGCUUGUGCCAAAUACCUUGAAGACAUGGGCACCGACAAAUGA